AUGAUCAACCAGCUACCUGGCCACUCAACCCCAACAACCCCUCCACUGCCCGCGAAGCAACAACAACAAGACAAGAUGGCCUCGGACGGCAAAAAAACGGCGGACGCGCCGAGCGGCAGCGCCGCCGGCGAGCAGCAGACCAAUAAAGAAGUGCAGCGGAUCCUCGACACCCUCUCCCCGCAGCAGCUGUCGGAGCUCAUCGCGCUCAACCCCGCGCUGGCGCAGGAGGUUGCCCAGGCCACGGGGUCGUCGAAUCCGACGCCGGACCAGGCGGCCGAGAUGCUAAAGAAGAUGAAGCUCGAGGACCUUAUGUCAGGCUUCGCUGCUAGCGGCAAAAACGUCAAGGACAUGGCGUCGUACAAGUUUUGGGCCACGCAGCCCGUGCCGCGGUUCGACGAGGACCAGACCGUGCCGGAUGGCCCGCUCAGGGUCCAGACGGUUGACCAAAUCUCCAAGGAGCCUGCUGAUCUCGUGAGCGGCUUCGAAUGGGUCACAAUGGACCUGAAAAGCGAGGAGGAGAUCAAAGAGGUCUAUGAGCUGCUCAACGGGCACUAUGUCGAGGACGAUGACUCGACCUUUCGGUUCAACUACUCUCCUUCCAUUCUCCGAUGGGCCAUGAUGGCUCCCGGCUGGCACAAGAGAUACCAUGUGGGCGUCCGCGCCUCGCAGUCGCGCAAGCUCGUGGCCUUUAUCUCGGCCAUCCCCGUGCACCUGCGUGUGCGGGACCAGAGCAUCACGGCAUCCGAGGUAAACUUUUUGUGCGUGCACAAGAAGCUGCGCGGCAAGCGCCUGGCGCCGGUGCUCAUCAAGGAGGUGACGCGCAUCAGCAAUCUCGAGGGGGUGUGGCAGGGCCUCUACACGGCGGGCAUCGUGCUGCCGCGGCCAGUGAGCACAUGCCAGUACUACCACCGGCCUCUCAACUGGCAGAAGCUGUACGAGGUUGGCUUCAGCUACCUGCCGCACGGUAGCAAGCCCCAGUACCAGGUGCGCAAGUACGCCGUGCCUGAGUCGACGGGCACUCGGGGGUGGCGCACCAUGCGGCCCGAGGACGUCCCCGCCGUCGUCGACCUGCAGAGCCGGUACUCGAAGCGCUACGACAUUGCGCCCGAGCUCUCCGCCGACGAGGUCGCCCACUGGCUCGUGCCCAAAAUCGAGCCCAGCGGCGAGCAGGUCGUCUGGACGUACGUCGUCGAGGGCGCCGACAAGAAGAUUACUGACUUUAUCUCCUUUUACUGCGUCGAGUCCUCGGUCAUCAAGAAUGCGCGACACAACGUGCUGCGCGUGGCAUACCUCUUCUACUACGCGACAGAGACGGGCCUCGCGGAGCCCGAGGACCGGGCGGCGCUCAAGACGCGUCUCAACUCGCUGGUCAGCGACGCCCUCACCAUGGCCAAGAAGGAAAAGUUUGACGUCUUUAACGCGCUGACGCUCAUGGACAAUGGUCUCUUCCUCGAGCAGCAAAAGUUUGCCCGCGGCGACGGCCAGCUGCACUACUACCUCUUCAACUACCGCACAAAAGCCAUUGCCAGCGGCAUGGACGCCAAGGGACAGCUAGACGACAAGAACCUGAGUGGCGUUGGUCUUGUGCUACCUUGA